AUGAUAUAUCAUUUAUUUAUGAGAUUAUUACUCCCAAUAUUUGAAGAUUUAUUUGCUGUUAUAUGUUCACAAAAUCAAGACAAAAACGGUAAUCCACUUGAUGCUGAUCUUAAAUAUAAACUUGAUCGUUAUGAUGUUCAAAUGAAGAAAGCUAGCAAAGCGCUCAAUCGUUAUUUUUCUAAAUUAAAGAGUGAGUUUUCAAUCAUAUUAACAUAUCAUCCAAUCAUCGAUUGUGAACAUGGUCGUUAUUUAUUAAUAAAUAGUGCAUCAGAUUCUCAAACUCCCGAUGGUACCGGAUCGAAAUUAUACUGGUAUUUAGGUGUUCUCAAUAUAGCACAUAAAUUGAAUUUAACAGUCGUAAAUUUCGAUUGGACUGCAGCACAUGUUAAUGAUGAAACAAAUGCUGACAGAGAAAAAUAUUGGCAAUUUUUCCAUUGGCACAUUCCUUCAUCAGCUUAUGAUGAAUGUCCAGAAAAUUCAUCUAUUAAACAGAAUAUAUUUAAAUAUGAUUUACUGGGGAAUCAAACAUUUGAUCAAUAUCAUCAUGGUAAACAACCAUUUACAAUUAAAUCUCAUUUCAAAACAAAACUUGAUGACUUCAUAGCUAAUCUUCCGGAAAAAAAUACCGGUUUUACAUUUUAUUCUAAUCGAACUUUUACUAUCACAUCCUCACUAAUGGAAAUAGGUGUCAUUUUCGAAAUUCGUUGGUGGCUACAACAUAGGAAAUUAUACAAUGAACAUAAUGGUGUUUGGUCAGGUGUUCGUGUUCCGUCUAAUUAUCAACCAACCGAUUAUUUUCAAUAUAUAACAUCAAAUAUGGUCAAAACGAAUAAAAAUAACAGAAUCGAUGUUUUUCAACCAAUUCAAUGUUCUUCAAUUAAUGUGCAUGAUGUUUUAUUGAUUGGAGUACAUAUACGUCGUGGUGAUAUUGUAAAACAAGAUAGUCAACGUCACAUAAUAUCGAGUAUGCUAUAUCGUUACAUAGCAAAUUCAGCUUAUGUACCAUUAUUAGUUUCUAUUAUUAAUUCAUUACCUAUUCCAAUACGAAACAAAUAUUUAAUCACAAUUUAUAGUGAAGGUACAAUACAUGAUUUUCAGGAUAUACUUAUUGAUUUAAAAAGCACUUUACCUAAAUCACGCUGUCGUGUCUCAUUUUUCUUAAAUGGUCGAACAUCAGAAACAUUCAAUCGUUUAGUACGUGAUGAUAUUGUAAUUGGUACAGUAAGUACAUUUAGUUUGGCUACUGGUAUAUUUAAUAGUCGACAAUUAAAAUUAGGACCAUAUCAUAAUCGACGAAGAGCACAUGGAAUGAGAAAUUAUUUAAGACUAGAUAGAGACAAAAAUCAUACCAAAUUUAUAUUCACAAAAGCAAAACAAAAACUAAUCAAACAAAGAAUACAAUAUGUAUGGAAACAAAAAAAAGCACAACAAAAAACUCCUAUUCCAUUAUAG